AUGAAUCUAAAUAUCCCUUAACUUAAAGGUGGUUAUGGAAAUUUGAAGUCUUUAAAUCCUCUUGAUCAAUUGGCUAAGGAAACAGAGGAGGAUGUAAGUGAAAUUGAUAGAUUAUAAAAAAGACUAAAUGAAUAGUAGUAGAAAGUUGAUGCAUUAAUGAAAGUUGUUUCAAAUUCAUAAUAAUCAAUAUAUUUAUCACAAGAUAGAUAUAAACAUACUAUUGAAAGUGAAAGAUUUAAUAGUUAAUUACUUGAUGAAAUAAAGAAUCUAAAGAAGCAACUUAAAUAAAUUGAAAGUGGUCCAAGACUACCUUAAGCACCUUUUAUGCCUCCAUUCUUGCCUCAAUAAUAAUAUCCCUUUAGUUAUCAUUUACCAAAUAAUUAAAUGGCCAUGCCAUAUCCAAUACCAAAUCAAAAUCCUUACUAUCAGUUUUAUCCAUUUUAAAAUAUGCCUUUCCAACAACCUUAAAAGGAAGAGAGAAGUUUUAGUAAAAUAUUGAAAGGUCUUGCUAAAAAAAAGGAAGAAGAAUAAUUAAAUCAGAUAAUGUUGUAAUUGUUAAAAAACUCAUAGAAUGAUCCAGAUAAUGAACAUCAAUAAAAAUAGAAAUCUAGAAGGAAUUUAAAAGUCAAACAUAAAUCUCAUUAAGAUUCUUCUGAUUUUCAAUUUAGUAAGAGUUCCAGAUAUGAAGAGGAAUAAUCAGAACAUAUGAAAAAAAAGUAAAAUAAGAAAUAAUCCAUUAAACCUUAAGAACAAUAAUUACCAUUAUUAAAUUAAAGUUCAAAACUUAAAUUAUAACCUCUUAGAAUCAAACCUACACCAGAGAGAUUAAAAUUAUUAAAGAAAAAGUUCAAAUAUUGUGCAUGGAUGGUUAUAUUUUAUAAAAACAAAUAUUAUUAAAUAAUGGAGAAAAAAGCAAUCAAAAGAUUUGAAGAUGAAGUCGGUUUAUAUGAUGAUUAAUUUGUAAAUAAUUAUUUAUUAUAUUAGUAAUACAACAAUGCAAUAUCACAAUUUGUUAAAGAAGGUCAAAAACUAUCCUUAUUUAAAAAAUCAUGGGUUUUCACUGAAAAAAAAGAUGUUCCAACUCGUAUAAAUAAUUUAAUUUAAGCAGCAGAAACUUUUAUUAAAUAAUUAAUUAUAGUAACUUAAAUAAUGAAAUUUGAUCAAAAACAUAUAUCAUAUAUUAAAGCAUUCACUACAAAUGAUGGUUAUUUAUUUCCAGCACAUUCAGCUUUUGUAGCAUAAAGAUUAUAAUUAAAUUAUAAUAGAAAAUUAAAGUAUUUUAGUAUUUAUAUUUUAGAUUUACUUCAAAAGAUCAAUAAAGAAUGGCCUUUUUAGAAUAUACUUAUAUACAAUUACUUUUAUAUGAAUAAAUAUUCUCUGUUAGUGGUUGGUAAGAAUUGCUAAAACCAUUUGCAGAACCUUUAAAAUUAUUAGUUUCUCUUCUAUAAUAUUUAUUUAUAGACAAAUUCAAAAAUCUAUAGAUCAUUUCAAAAAAUAUUAAAUUUAAUGUAAAUAAUAUUUUAUUACUAAAAUCAGAUUGAAUAAGUUCCUAUCUUAGAUUUCACUCAACGUAAUGUAGCUGAUAUAAAAUAAUCAAUCAAUCAGAAUGAUCCUAAAUUUUAAGUUACUGAUAAAUUCCCAAUACUUGGAUUAUAUGAUGAAACAGUAUUGAAACCUGUAAUUGAAAGUCCUGGAUUUUCUAAUCUUUAAAAUCAAUUUAAAGUUUUUGUUGAGUAUAUAUAUUCUAAAUUAGAAUGA